CUGCUGUUGUGACUCAUUCUCAGCGGUUGCUUCGAGGAAGUGGAGGCGUUGAGUCUCGGUGCCCGCGGGUGCGUUGAUUUAUAAGAAAAAAGGACGGGAAAAUGUUGCGCAUCGAGGUGUUCGUUGUGAAAUUGGAGCAUUGAUAUGUGGACCAAAGUUACUGAUGUUCAGUGUGGGACAGCCGGGGCCAGCAUGUCCCUGUCAUCGCUCACAGUCUGUCUGCACGUAUUUGUUCUAACCUGCAUCGUCUCCACUGUACCAGGGGUACACAUGUUGACCAUCACCCCGGACAGAGGCAGCACAAUCAGCAUUAGAAGUACUCGGGUCAAUGGUUGUAAAGUGUGCAUAGGUGCAGGACACUUACAGCGAUGUGAUACAUCUCUGCUGUUAAAAGCCAACACUCCCGUCUCAGUGGAGUUUGAAUGUUCCAGACCUCAAGAUGAAUUCAGAGUAGAAAUUAGCCGCAUUAUCGAAUGCUCCACAAAGUCAUGCAGUAGCCACAUCGUCCAAACUGACUCUGGAUCACUUCCUUUGCUGAAUUUUAACCGCAAAUUCACCUGGAACGUGCAAGCAACGUCACCAAAAGCGUUCAAAAUUGACUUCACUGAGACAGGUCUGACACAGAUUAAUCCAGCUGAGAGAUGUCCAGACAGACACAGCUACACCCUCCAGGCCUUCCAGAAGACGGGGCCUGUGGCCAUUGGGAAAUACUGCAGAAAGGGUGCUAUCAGGAGUGCUCAGAUACUAAAUCUAGGCAGCUUUUCUCUGGAGGUCCCAGCAGGAGAGACGCUGCAAAAAGGCCAGUUUGAUGUGUCUGUCGGGGAGGAAAUCAAGUCCCUUGCCAAAAUCACACUGACGUUACCUCAAGGGACAUCAUCCUCAGAGCUGCUCUCUCCAAACUACCCAGACAGCUUUCCUGAUGAUGAUGUGAUGGAGUGGAGCGUUCACGUCCCGGACAAACACAAGACGGCCCUAAGGUUCCUGAACCUCACACAGCCGACUUGUCUGAAGAAGGAGACGGCAGUGGAGUACCACAGCAAAGGGAGUGGGGCGUCGGUGAGGCGUCUGACGGAGCCUCAGUUGGAACAGAAGUCGGGGGACUUCUCCAUGACAUUGAGAAACUGUGAGAUGGACAGAAGACGAGCUGGUUCUCCUGGACUUAGCCUGAGCAUCCAGCUGUCUACAUCAAGGACAAGUUCAUCAGUGCUGUGUAAGGUGGACCUGAGCAAAGUGGAGGUCCUUUUCCUCUACAUCGUGAAGCUGAGACCAGCAUCUGCCUGUGAGAUGAAAUUAAACUCUGUGAGAAAGGACAAGAUCACAGUGACAUCAAAUAGUGAUCUGUCUUUCCAGGACUGUUUGCCUGAAGAUGUACAAGUCACCGCCUUGAGAGUCAUAGAAUGUCGUCAUCAUCUCAAAGACUGCCCGAAGGUUCGUCUCUCAUUACCUAUGCUACCUAGCUGCCUCCCUGCCCCUCUGAGUAGCAUCACCUGGAUUCUGCGUCCCCCAACACAUGGCACUGUGGAGCUGACUGCUCCCACUGGGCCCUUAAAGCAGAGCCUACCUGGACAGCCAUGCAAUGACAGUAUUAUUAUCAGUGUGGCCGAAGAAGAUGGUGCUCCUAUUGGACGCUUCUGCCCACAAGGAGCCAUACAGAAAAUCCAAAUCCACACCAACAUGUCUGUUACUGUGUCCAGGAUGGGCAGUAACACACUGAGGACAUCUUACAGAAAUGUGCUGGAUGCCUGUUUUAAAGCAGACAUAUCAGAAAGAUACAUAUUCACUGUCGCUUCAAAGAAAGACAAGCCUGUGCUUUUGGCCACUCCUGGAUGGCCAGUUGGAAUGAAGUAUCCCUCCACCGUCUCCUGGAUUGUCUCCGUCCCCCCAAAGAUGGAGGCACACCUGAUGUUUGCCAAUCUCAGUCAGCCCAAGUGCGGCAACGGCCACACCGAUAUCAGGGUGCAGAGAGUCGGCUGCCUGGAGGAGGACUACAGCCGCAGGGAGGAUGAAGAGGCAGAGCAUGAGAUUGUUGUCGCUGGAACAUUCUACCUCAACAUGUCCAGCUGUAUGCCCGAAAGAGGACACUUCAGCGUCAUCACUAGCAUCACCCUGCGGCAGAGCAAGAGUCUUCUGUUGAUCAUCCUGAGUGUGGUGGCUGCUCUGCUGGUCAUUUUUGUGAUUGUGCUGGUUGUGGUCUGCGUGGUGAUUAAAAAGAAGAAGAAGAGGUUGAAUCAUGAGGUGUCCAUCUACAACCCAAAUGGCACCAGCUUCUUGCCUGGACAAACCAACUUCCCUAAAACGCGUGAAGACAAUGAGUCCCAUGUGUACGCCUCCAUUGAGGACUCUCUAGUCUACACACACCUGCUGAGAAAGGGGAUGGAGAUUGGUGUCUAUGGAGAAACCGAUGCAUACUGUUCCUUCACAGGACACACAGAGUCACAAAAGCCAUUGGUUUCUACAGGCUCCCGUGACGAUAUGGAGGUCGGGGUGUAUCAAACCUAUCUGAACUCAAAUCAACAAGCUCCUCCACUUCCCAAAAGACCUCCAAGCCAACCCCUGGUGGACAAUGAGAUUUACCAGACUGAGGACAUUAAUGGGGGGGAGCAUUCUCCAGAUCUGGGGCUGAGGCUGGAACCAGAAGGAGGAAACUGAUUGGAUUCAGCUUUUUUUUUCUCUUUACCUUACCUACUUGAACAUAUGAGAUAACAAUUCCCUGGCGCCUAUGUGAUCACCUGCCUUGAAAGAAGCUAUUUUAUUUCUUUUUCUUUCAAGUAUAGAUUUGCACCAAAGCCAGACACUAAAUAGCCCCGUACAAAUGUGUAUGUAGCGCUUACCUUAUUUCAUUUCAGAUGAAGAGACAUUUGUUUGUUUCUAACAUAGUACUUAACCACCCUCUUUAUACCACUUUUUGCCACUAUAAAGUGCUUUUGUGCUUUUGGGCUAUGAAUGUUUGAAUGAAUGCUAUUUUAACAUAUUGUAUGUAUGUAUUCUGUAUAUAUUAUGGAUAUUUGUACAGAGGCAAACCUAUUUUCUAUUUGCUGAGUUUAUGUGUAAUUAAACCUCCAAAUGGAGAGGACAGUGCUGUUGCAAUACAUUGUUUUUUAUAGCAUAAUCAAAAUCUGAUGGUCUAUUGCAGGAGAUUGCAACAGCAGUGUAUGUGAAUGGAGUGAACUGUAAUUUGGAAAUAAAAAUGUAAAACUAUUUUUUUUAUCUGCCACAGGGACUUGUGGGUUAUUCACGCCAUAAAUGUGCCUUCAAUGGAUGGUAACUAUAUGAUUGCUAACACAAAUAAAGAUUUAGAGUUGGUUUCAGCCUAAAAUAUAUAAAAACUGAUUCCUUUUUUUGAAUGAAUCUUCAGGAAAUUUCAAGAUCAAGCUGCUGCUAAGUUAUCCAUUUCUGAUGCACUACAGACCUUUUGGUUGUAUUUGUUCUGAACUGCAGUGUUAUAGAAUAAACAUCUUUGUAAACUC